AGUUACUUAGUUGCCUAGCAGACGACGUAAGUGCUGUUGUUGCAUUUUCGUUCAGAGCUUGUCGGCAAACAUUCUUGUAUUCACAAAAGUUCAAUUGGCUGCAUUUAAUAUUUUGUUGGCCAGCUAGAAUGCCUGAAAGAGAUGGACAGGAUUCAGGACCGGGGGAAGCAUCCUCUAGGUUGACCAAUGAUGAUUUCAGAAAGCUGAUGAUGACACCACGGGCUGGAUUUGGUUCAGGAUUGUCAGGUGCUUCAAGUAACUUGGGUAUGGGUUCUGUUAGAGGUGACAGUUCAAGUGUGCGGAAAACGUCUCAUGGCAAAAGUGACCAGAAAAGAGCAAAAAAAAGUGAAUAUUUGAAAGAGAAAAAAGAAGAAGAAGAAAUUCUUGCUGAGCUUGCCAAGAAAUAUCGCGACCGUGCCAAAGAAAGGCGCGAUGGAGGCGAAACAUCUGGACCUGACGCUUUAGCCACACUUGGAGCAUACCGUGCGGUUGCCCCAGAUAUUAAAUCAACAAUGGAUGCCGCUGAAAGAAGAAAGCAAAUGAUUCAAGAGUCAAAGUUUUUGGGUGGUGAUAUGGAACACACUCACUUGGUGAAGGGUCUUGAUUAUGCCCUACUUCAAAAAGUACGUAGUGAAAUUGAACAAUUUGAAGAAGAAGAUGACGAACAGUUGGAACAAGCUGUGGAAGGGGAGAAGGGCGAAAAGGAAGUUGAGAAAAAGAAAGAAGGAGAAGAUGAAAUCCAGUUUAAAACAAUAAUUGGGAAAAAUAUAUUCAGGGCUGUAUUCCGAUCAAAGCCACCAGAAAGGAAUGAACAUUUUCUUCCCGGAAGAAUGGCCUAUCUUAUUGAGUUGGAAGAUGAAAAUGCUGAAUCAGAUAUCCCCACGACCGUGUUACGAAGCAAAGCCGAUUGUCCUGGGCUGGAAUCCUUGGCCACUUUGUCUACGAAUGACAUUGUAAUUAAUAAAUUGACGCAGAUUUUAUCUUACCUACGGCAAGGAAAAAUCGGCAAAAAAAUCAAGAAAACCAAAGAAAACAAAGAAAUGCCACCGCCACAACUAAUCCCAGGACUAAAAGUCAACAAAUCGGCAAUAGUAGAAGACAAUAUCUAUAGCAACAUCGGGACAUACGUGGCACCUACUAGGGAAAAAUCUUUGUCUAGUAGGUCAAGAGACAAAGAACGGCGAGGCGAUAAACGUGAGUACUUUGAGGACAAAUCCCGAAAAGAUAUCGAAGGAGAUCUUGAUCGAGAUAAGGCAUUGGAUGCCACGAAAAGUGCUACUGUCUUAGAAGCAGAACGGACCCUGGGUGCCCUUCUGAAACCUGGAGCGGCUGAUAAACGAGAAGGAGCUUCUACCAAGAAGGCGGAUAAGAUGCUUUCGAAGCUGUCCGCUGAACCAGAAGGAUACGCUGAAUGCUAUCCUGGAUUUGAGGAAAUGAACGACGCCCUGGAAGAUUCCGAUGACGAAGCCGAUUACUCAAAAAUGGAUUUGGGAAAUAAAAAAGGGCCAGUCGGUCGAUGGGAUUUCGACACAGCGGAAGAAUAUGGCGAUUACAUGAACAAGAAAGAAGCCCUUCCUAAAGCCGCCUAUCAGUAUGGCAUUAAAAUGGCUGAUGGACGCAAAACACGCAACAAGACUGUCGUCAAGACAGAUAAAACAGAGAAAGCCGAACUGGACCGGGAGUGGCAAAAGAUCCAGUCUAUUUUGCAUAAACGUAAAGGAGGUCCUUCUGGUGAAACACACAAACCCGAGAAGUCUGUUCGUCGCAAUUGAUUUUAUUUGUCCUCGUAUUGACCGUCAAAAGUUAAUAAUUUCGCCUGCUUAACUACACAACGUGAAUGAAA